AUGACAUCGACCGAGUUGACAUUUGCGGUUGCAUUUGCUUAUAUGGAGUGUGAGCAGACAGAGAGUUAUAUUUGGGUCUUGGAUAAGCUGAAGCAAUUGUUUGUGAAGAAAGAUGUGGUUCCACAAGUGAUUUUGACGGAUAGAGAUCUUGCUUUGAUGAAAGCAGUUGAAGUUGUUUUUCCUACGACGCAUAACUUGCUAUGUCGCUUUCAUAUUAACCAAAAUGUUGGGAUGAAAUGCAAGGAAUAUGUGAUGAAAGACAUGCGAGAGACGAUAGGCACAUUGUGGAAAGAUGUUGUAUGGGCUAGUAAUGAGGUUGAGUAUGGUGUACGGUUGCAAUAUCUUGAACAAGCAUGCUUUGCUUCUAAAGCAGAUGUUAGGAAAGGGAAGAAACCAGUUGGGUAUGAUGUUUAUAGGGAUCCUUCAGGUUUUGAGUAUGCUGAUCAGGCGUCUCAAUGUUCACAAAAACAAUCGCAAGCAUCACAAACUUCCAGGAAGCAAUCACAAUCAAAGAAGCAAUCACAAGCAAAGGAUGAGGAUUUCACUCUUCAGUUUCCUUGUCAUAUUAGGCCAUAUAUUACCGAGAUUGUUAAUGUUGUAGCAGAUGGUAAUUGUGGAUUUAGAGCAAUUGCUUCGUGGCAUGGGUAUAGUGAGGAUGGUUGGGCAAUGGUUCGUCGUGACUUGGACAUGGAAUUAAGAGAAAAGAAGGACUUAUAUGAGAGAUUGUUCGGUCUAAGUUUAUCCGAAGUGAGAAAUGGAUUGUUGAUAGAUCAUGUUGGUUUUCAACCACCAGAGAAAUGGUUGACACUACCAGAGAUGGGUUAUUUGAUAGCGAAUCGGUAUAACAUUAUUCUUGUGCUGCUUGGUAACCCUUGCUUGACCUUUUUUCCUAUGACAACAACAUUUUCUCCAAGUGCUCCUACAUAUUGCAUUGGCCUUGUCAACAGGAAUCAUUAUCUUCGGGUUAAUAUGAAAGAAGGCUUCCCGCUGCCACCCGUCACGGUAGAUUGGAUGAAGUUUCGUCUUCAAGUGGCGACAUCUUGGAUGUUAGGAUUUGCUGGACGUCUUCAACAUUGGCAUCAUCUUACGCCUAUGUUACCAUCACGUGUUAAUAUAGAUUAAUUAAGUGACUUUAAUUUAUAUGUAAUA